UCAGCCGAAUCUCAGGCCUCUGAUUGGCUAACAGCUCAUCUCUGGACUUCGCUCGUUUUCCUUUACAUUUGUUUCCUUAUAUAGACUUUUUACAGUUACAAUACCGGCUUGGCAACAGCUGUACAAGCAUAUUUACCGCAAUAAAGAACCAUGGCAGAUAAAGAUCAGACCAGUGGGGACACAACUGAUGCCUGGACUUUGUUCAAAAAGAGCCCCUCGUCUUCAGAAAAUCUUGGAGAUACACAGGACCCACAGGAGAGUUGUAGUUCUUUGAGCCAGGACUCUGUCCCUGGUCCAGAUGACACUAAAGUCCAGACCAAGGAGGAUCCGUAUAGAUACAAGACCAACUUCCCACAUGCUGGACUCUGCCUCAUCAUCAACAACAAGAACUUCCACCGCAGCACAGGAAUGAACACUCGAAAUGGCACAGAUGUAGAUGCAAAUGCUGUGAUGAAGAUUUUUCAUAAUCUGGGGUAUAAACUGAUCAUAGGAACAGACCUCACUGUUGAAGAGAUUAAGAAAAAGCUAAAGAGUGUGUCUCAGGAGGACCACAGUAACUGCGCCUCUUUUGUUUGUGUGAUUUUGAGCCACGGGGAUGAGGGCGUGAUCUUUGGGACAGACGGAUGUGAAAAACUGGACGUUCUUACCAGAUAUUUUAAAGGACACAAUUGCAAAAGCCUCAUAGGAAAACCCAAACUCUUUUUUAUACAGGCAUGCCGUGGCGCUGACUUUGAUGGUGGGAUUGAGACAGAUUCAGUGGAUGCCAGCGUGGACCCGUCCACAGACAGGAUCCCAGUGGAGGCGGACUUCCUCUACGCCUACUCCACAGCUCCAGGAUACUACUCAUGGAGGAACACACAAAACGGCUCAUGGUUCAUUCAGUCUCUGUGUGAGAUCCUAGAGGAACACAAGGACCUGGAGCUGAUGCAGAUUAUGACCAGAGUCAACAGAAAAGUAGCCUAUCACUUUGAGUCGGCCUCAAAUCUACCUGGAUUCAGCGGCAAGAAGCAGAUCCCCUGCAUCGUCUCCAUGCUGACCAAAGAGUUCUACUUCCCCAAAUAGGAUUUAAUACAAGUUUAACAAUCAUUUACAACAGGGUUCCCCAAAUAGAGGUUGAGACCCCCGGGAGGUCAUGUGGCAGUGAGCUGGGGUCGCAGGAUGACGUAGAAGAUGUAAUUUAAAAAAAAAAAUUACACGUGUUUUACAUGUUUAAUCCAUUUUAAUUAAAAAUGGUAUGAGAAAAGAGUCCAAAUAACACAAUAAACUAGUCAAAUAAACAUGACUGAACUUGAUUAACAAAUUAAAUUAAAUUACAUUGAACAGAAUUUUGUUUAAUUAUUAGUUUAAUUAAAUUUUUAUUAAUUUAAUUAAAAUAAAUUAAUUUUAUUUUUCAGGGGGGGUCUGGUGUUGGUUGCCUGGUUAUUUUGGGGGUCUCAACCUAAAAAGUUUGGGAACCCUUGAUUUAAACAACUGCAUACGCUCCUCAGUAGGUGUGGCCACAUACAGGUGAUUACGUGCUUGUUUUUUAAAAAUUCAGUAACAAGAGAAGGGGUUGCUUAAUGUUAUGCUGUUUAUUUAUUGUCUGAGAAGUAUGCAAUAAUAAUGAUGCAUUAGUCUUAUAUAGUCCUAGGGUAGACUGGGGUGGAUCAUCACUCAGAAAUACCUUUAAACAAACUCAAAAAUCUAAACCCCAGAUAAAUUGCAUUAGUUAAAAUGACUAAAAAUCAAGAUACGGGGAUAUUUUAAAUGUAAAAAACAACAUUUCAACUGUAAAUCUAACAAUUACAAAUACUUUUUAGAUACUUCUUUACAAGUAUGUCGCUUUAUACUCAGAGGACACUAUUUGACACAAGUGCACAGUUAUUAUUGAUACUUUGCAGUGACAUCACACUGGGGGUGUACUACAUGUAUCUGUAUGGUGGAAGGUUUAGAAGUUAUCAUGGUGACACAAUGAACACAUUAAUGAUAUAAAAUACAAAAUGGAUUUAAACAACACAUUUCCUGGAGCCUAUGAUCAAUACGAGCGUCUUUGUUUAGGAGUUCAGGAGUUUAACAAAAAAGGUGAGAGUGACUAUAACUGAAAAAAAAAAGUUUGCUAAUGCUACGUAUCUUGUGACUGUAAUAUUAUGAAUGAAAGACUUGUUUAACAGCACAAAUCAUCUCACCUGUUCCAACUAAGUCAACCAUUUGUGUUCAGAUUGCACACAGGUUGUAAAUUAAAUCUCAGAUUAAAGUCUAAUUUGAGUAACAGAGUUUAGACAGAAAAAUCCCUACAGUUAGCAUCACAGCUCCAGGGAAUGUUGAUGACACCAUCUGAAAUGGCACGCAUGUUCUUACUGUAUCAGGGACUAAGCAAGUCACCAAAGAUUUUCAUGAGAUCUUGUUGCUCUGCUGAAUUUUCAAAAUCUCAAUACCUCUUUUUAUUGAGCACUGCUGUGACACAAAGAAACUGUAACUAUUGCAUCAAGACAAUCAUGUAAUUAUGUGUAGUUUCAGAUGAUAUCCUGUGUGGGCCUUUUAUUUGAUGCAAUAAGAUUAUUUACUGGAUGGUGUUGACCUAGAACCUCUUAUAAUGUUUGAACUUGAAUUCAUACAAAGCUGUGCAGUAGGAAAAAUAAUAGCUACAUAACACAGUUAGAACUGUUUUGUAAUAAGUAAAGUGUUUUUUUGGCGGGAGAAAAAUUCUCCAAACUUACACUAGUAUCAGUUAAUUACGGGUAAUGGCAGUUAGUUAAAGCCAAAGUAUCAGUAUCUGUAAUGGAAGCUGGAUCAGUGCCUCCUCCCUUCGUGGAAUGCUGUUUAAGACUAUCCAUAUUGACACUUGUUUAAUUCCUAUACUAACUCAUUCUUAUAUCCUUGAUUCGAGAGCGUGUGUGAUCCUCGUUAGAAUUAAAAGUAGGAAAACACCCCUCUCUGUCUUAAAGGUGAGCUUUAUUUACAGUGGAGGAUGUUUCCACUGUAAAUAAAGCUCGGGCCUUCAUUACUCAAAACUUUUCUGUUCAAACGUCAUCUUAAAUCUGCAGCUUUUAAAACUGGACAUUUCUCCUUCACUUAUCACGAAAGAGGUUUUCUCAAUUAAUUCUUUGUGUUGAGAGGAUUCUAGCCAUUUUUAUCCUAACUGUGUCCAGGUAUUCACAGGGCUGUUCUGAAUACAUAGAAUACCAUUUUUUGUGAAAUAAGGCAGGUAAACAACAAAAACUGGAUAAAAAUGUCAUUUCUUUUUAAUAAAUUGUAUUUUCAAGUAAAUAA